ACAAACGGCAGUGAACAGGCGUCGCAACCACAUCCACAUCCACCACGUUAUCGUUACGUUAGAUAAUCGGAGCCGGAGCACAGCUACCCCCCGCCGACACCCCUUUCUAUCGUCAAGUGUUAACGAUUAGGACACGGAAGGACAGACAGUCUGCUGUUAAAGAUGAGUCGUUUACUAUUGAAUAAACCCAGCGCCAUCCAGCGAGCCGCUGCCACAGUGUCUAGAACGUCAGCUGUCGUGUCAGUACAACAACAAAAACCACAACCAUGCAAAAUAACGCCCAGCGUCGUAAUACGCCGCUGGAAAUCGUUUCUACAUAACAAUAACAGCGCCGUUCAAAAAUCAGCUACAGCUACAGCAACAGCGUCGCUUUCACAGCGCAGUCAAGUCGAAACUUUGAACGCGCGUGGUAGCUAUACUUCUCGUUCGUACACCAGCAAAAGCAACACAAUGUCUUCAAAAUGCCUGCAAUUGGAGAACAUCAAUCCGAACUUUAUCACCAUGGAAUACGCGGUUCGUGGUCCAUUGGUGGUACGAGCCGGUGAAAUUGAAAAGGAACUGGAGAAGGGCGUCAAGAAACCCUUCGACGAGGUGAUUCGUGCCAACAUUGGUGAUUGCCAUGCCAUGGGACAGAAGCCGGUGACGUUUUUGCGUCAGUUGCUGGCAUUAACCUUUGAGCCACGUCUGCUCGACUCGCCCGAAUAUCCGGAAGACGUAAAGCAGCGGGCUCGUGCCAUAUUGGGUAAUUGCCAGGGUCACUCCAUGGGCUCCUAUACCGACUCGGCUGGUCUUGAGGUGGUUCGUCGUCAAGUGACCGAGUAUAUAGAACGGCGAGAUGGCGGUAUUCCAGCCGAAUACUUGAAUAUCUAUCUGACAGGCGGUGCUUCUCCAGGCAUUAAGAGUAUCUUGUCACUUAUCCAUGCUGAUGUGGACGGCAAGCCACCAGGUGUUAUGGUGCCCAUCCCACAGUAUCCAUUGUACUCGGCCACUAUUGCCGAAUACGGAAUGACUAAAGUGGACUAUUACCUUGAUGAGGAGACCGGCUGGAGUCUUGGACGUAAGGAACUGCAACGUGCCUUCGAUGAGGCCAAAAGCACAUGCAGUCCCCGCGCCUUGGUGGUUAUCAAUCCAGGCAACCCUACCGGCCAGGUCCUAACCCGCGAUAAUAUUGUGGAAAUUAUUAAGUUUGCCCAUGACAACAAACUUAUAAUCCUCGCCGAUGAGGUCUAUCAGGACAAUGUCUAUGACAAGAACUCGAAAUUCUAUUCGUUCAAGAGGGUGGCCUACGAAUUGGGCGAACCCUAUCGCAACCAGGAGCUGGUCAGUUUCCUGUCCACGUCGAAGGGCUAUCUCGGCGAAUGCGGCAUUCGUGGUGGCUACAUGGAGGUGGUGAACUUGUGCCCCAAUGUUAAGGCCAUGCUAACCAAAUCGAUAACAGCCGCUCUAUGCAGCACAACCGCUGGCCAGGUGGCUGUUAGUGCUCUGGUCAAUCCUCCCAAGCCGGGUGAACCAUCUUAUGAGCUAUUCCAGAAGGAAAAGAACGCCACAUUGACUGCCCUCAAGGAGCGAGCGGAGCUAGUCCACAAGACUCUGAGCGGUUUCGAGGGUUACAAAGUGAAUCCAGUGCAGGGUGCUAUGUAUGUGUUCCCCCAAGUUGAGAUCCCACCCAAGGCCAUUGAAGCGGCCAAAGCCAAGGGCCUGGCUCCCGAUGUCUUUUACGCAUUUGAGCUUUUGGAAACGAGUGGUAUUUGCAUUGUUCCGGGAAGCGGUUUUGGUCAAAGGGCUGGCACCUAUCACUUCCGUAGCACCAUUUUGCCACAGACCGAUAAGCUAAAACUGAUGAUGGAAAAAUUCCGUGUAUUCCACACCGAGUUCAUGAAGAAAUACAAGUAGAAGAAGGAUCAUCCAUCCCAUCCCUCCAACUGGCCCCCACAUAGAAGUCUUUGAAGCCUCUGCCUGUGUUAAAUAUGUCUGAUUCCCCAAUUAAUUAAUUUUAUACCGUAAAUAGAUUGAGACUUGUUUUUGAUUUUUGUUACAAUUCCUUUUAACUAUUUGCCGCGUUAUUUAUAUAUCAAAUAUAUAUGUACCUUCUAUAUAUACA